CUGGCUUCUCAGGAAUUGGUUGGUGCUCUUCUAGGAUGCUCUUUCUUUUGUUUGUUCCCACUUGCUACCAGAGGUGACAAACAUCUUCCAACAAUCAACUUUGAUCAUCUCUUCGCGAGUUUAUAUGGAAGUCACAAUCAAAAUCAGGAGAGUAAGAUAAACUGUAUUAUACACUAUUUUGAACGGAUAUGUGCAAAUAUCCCUAUGGGCUCUGUGUCAUUUGAGCGAAAGGUUCUUGCUUUGGGGCAUCGCCCUUUAUGCAUUUCAUAUCCAGAUGCUAAGUUUUGGGGCACUUCUACAGUUCCUUUGUGCCAAUUUGAGGCUCACAGUUCAGGCUUAAUAGAAGAUCAAUCAAAGGGGGCUCUUGAAGUGGAUUUUGCAAAUAAAUAUCUAGGAGGUGGUGCUCUUCACAGGGGCUGUGUACAGGAGGAGAUUCGUUUUAUGGUUAAUCCCGAAUUAAUUGCUGGAAUGCUUUUCUUACCUGCCUUAGCAGAUAAUGAGUCCAUAGAAGUUGUUGGUGCAGAAAGGUUUUCAAAAUAUACAGGAUAUGCUUCUUCAUUCCGCUUUUCUGGUGACUAUGUGGACAAGAAGGAAAUGGACUCUCUUGGAAGACGUAAAACCAGAAUCAUUGCAAUUGAUGCAUUAUGCUGCCCAGGGAUGAGACAAUACAGAAUGAAAAGCCUCAUCCGGGAGACUAAUAAGGCAUUCUGUGGCUUU